UCCCAGCUCACUUCCACAGCACAGAGUAAAUCCAGAGCCGGCAGUGCCUGAUUGCGCUAACCCAAAGAUCCAUACAGGCAAUAUCAAACUCUCGGCUCUUCAAAGAGGACAAAAGGACCAGGUCAACCUCAAAAAGCCCGCACUGGACAAGUGAGCAAGGGUCAAAUUCUAUGAGUGGAAUUCAGGGAUAGGAAAAAAAUUCAACAUCAGCAGAGCAGCUGCUGGUCCCGGGCUUGAAAGCAGGACAGAGAAGAGUAAAAAAAAGGAGCAGAGAAAAGUGACUGGAAUGAUAAGAUGAGAAGCAGGCAUGUUCUGCUGAAGCUCUCCCCUAAUGAGGCCCUUUUGGAACUCCUGCUUGUGUUGUUGCUGGGGUUGCAUGUCCUGGCCGUGUGCCCCUCCAUGUGCUCGUGCGGCCGCAGCCACAGGGAGGUAGACUGCUCAUGCAGGGGUCUGAGACAGUUGCCCGAUGGCCUGCAGCACAACAUGCGCUCCCUCAACUUGUCCCACAACCGAUUUCACAACCUGGACGGCCAGCUCACUGCAUACACCCAUCUCCGCAUCCUCGAUUUGUCUCAUAACCGGCUGAGCCACCUGCCCGCCGGUUUGCCUCGAUCCCUCUGGCAGCUCUCCGCUGCCUCCAACCGCCUCCAGUUGCUGGACAAGAACGACACGGUCAACCAGUGGAAUCUGCAAUUGCUCGACCUCUCCAACAACAAGCUGGAGCGCGCCAUCUUCAUCAACAACACACUGAUCAAUCUGUGCACGCUCAACUUAAGCCACAAUCAAUUCUGGACUUUGCCCACCAACAUGCCAGUGUACCUGGAGAAUAUUGACCUGUCCCACAACUUGCUUGUGAAGGUGCUUCCGGGCUCUCUGGACCGUCUCCUCAGAGUAACCCACUUCUAUCUGCAUGCUAACCGCUUUUCCACCCUGCCACAUGGAGUGUUGGACAAGAUGACAUCAAUUAGAGUCAUCACUCUGGGCGACAACCCUUGGGACUGCCACCUUUAUGCAGACAUCACCUACUUACUCUCCUGGACUCAGCACACCCCUGCCCGAGUCCUGGGCUGUCCCUGCCACACCCAGCCUGUCUGUGGAGGGGUGCACCCUGGCAAGGCUGGAGGGUGGCACUUUGCUUCCUACAACCUACCCCCUCUUGCAGCGAGUGCACAGGACCUGAGCUCCAUGCCCCCUGACACUAGUGUGACAGGGUGGUGGUACUCUGUUUCACUACAAAGCACCCCCCACACCCUCAAAGAGAUCUUAAACACACAGCACGUCCCUUUCACAGCCACACCCAUGAGCAUCUCCACCCUGCAACCCAGAAGCACAGGCACACACCUAACUAUUAAUCACCUCUCUGCAUCUGCUAGCCCAGCUGCCGCAGAGCACAUGCUCCACACUGAUUCCCAUCUCAUCUCUGGCACAAAGCAAGGCUCGUCCAUUGGCACUGACACAUUCUCUUUCUCUGACACGAGCUUCAUUACUGAAACAUCCAUUAGGGCUGACAUGACAGUGGCCACAGAGAGUUUCUUUACAACAGAGAGCCCCUCCAUCCAAACAAAGAAGACAACCACUCUUCGCACCAGGAGUGUGAGGAGGAAGAAUCAGUCCCUUCCCAGCGGCAUCAGCAACAGAAGCCCGACUCUUGCUACCUGCUCCUCGCUCCCUUUCCUACACGGGCUAGGCCUUCUGUCUGUCAUUCUGCAACAAGUCCUCUGAAAGACAAAACUAUGCAUUCACAGCACAAACAAAUAGGGCACACACACAAAACUCUUGACUGUUGUAGUACUGUCAUGAUUGCAUAUUACCAGCUUUUUUAGCAAAAGGCCAUUUACAAUACAAAUGCGUCACGACAUGUUUAACCAUUCCUGCUAUUCUGAACAUGCUAUGAUGUCACUUUUAUAAUGAUUAGUUAAAAACACAAUGCAUCAUCUUUUCUAAAAACAUUCUUACAAGCCUCCACUUGAAUAAAAAAACAACGUUGUAAUGAGUACAGCUAAGCACAUGAUGGCACUAUACAUACAGGUACUAGUUUGCUGUGAAUGUAGCCUGGUGAUCAUCUGCAACUAAAGUCUACCCAUUUCAAUGCUGUCCAGUACCCAUAAUGAUCUAAAAAUGAUUCUGUAUGUUUUCUUUUCCCAAUUUAUUCUACAACUAUUGGCAGGAUCUGGCUUUUGUUGCUUUGGUCACAUUGUGGCCAUGUCUUUUCUUACCUUGUUUUAUUGCAUUGGUUUUCAAAAAGGCAUUACUCUCUUAUAUCUAAAUCUUGAUUUAUUCAGAUUCUGUUGCCUUUUUGCAUAGAUGUCCUUGGUGCCUGCCUGCUUGUUUCACUUAACAAACCAUGUCCCUUACCAGCUGAGGACAUGGUGUAUGUAAGAAACUGGUCAUGACAGGAAAAACACAGAGUUCUGUGGAGUGGAGGGGAAACGAAUGGACAAUGUUGCAUCACUAUCUUUAACAAAGUCUUAGUGCCAAGUACUGCUUCUGUAUUUUGAUCACAUCUUAAACUUAAGUGUCCUUCAUGAUUCAGUGACGCUCGUGAAAAUGAUCUGCAUGGUGAUUGAACGUUCCAGGAAUGCUAACCCACCGCUAUAUUGCCGCAGAGCAUAAAAGCACAGACAUUCUCAGCUUAUUUAUAUGAAAUCCUAAAAUAUUCCAAUCUCGAUUGCAUUAAGAGUAGAUAACAGUGAUGUGCCAGCCUAUGGGUUUUUACAUUUUAGAUGUACCUUUGCAUUUGACAGU